AUGGGUGUCCCCGGGAGGAUGCUCAAGGGGCCCAGGUGUCCGGGCCGGCCACGCUCACUCCGGGCCCUCUUUGUCCCCCCCAGCCCCAUGCUGGCCAAAGGCGUGAAGCGGAAACGGGCUGAGAUGGAGGCCGGGGAGGCCCCGGCGGAGGCCGUUUCGGGCGGGGGGGGGCCCGGCGCCCCCUCCGCCUCCCUCUUCAACAUCUCGGUGCUGAAGCUGCACCGGAGCCUGCGGCACGUGGAGCCCAACCUGCGCUACCUGGUGCUCGUGGCCAACACCCUCACCCUGGACCUGCUGGGGGGUCCCUCCUUGCUGGACGACAGCCUGGAUGGCAUCUUUGAGGACAUUGACACCUCCAUGUACGACUGCGACCUCUGGGCCCCCGGCAGCCUCGCCGGCUUCAAAGCCUUUUCCAGCACCGAGGAGGAGGAGGAGGCUGAAGGCAGCGGCCGCCUGGACAUGGACGACCUGGACUACCUGAUGGACGUGCUGGUGGGCACCCACGGGCUCUGA